AUGGCGUUUGCAAAUGUAGAGUGGAGGAAAUUGCAUGAACAUGCAGUGUUUUUGGUGGAGGUAGCAAUUGGUUCUGACCACAAUCCCCUUCUGCUAAAUAAUUUACCUCCACGAAAUAAAGUUGGGAAACCAUUCAAGUUUGAGUCUUUCAACGGAUGGGGAAUGCAAAAGGUUUGUAAGAAGCUAAGAGGAUGCAAGGAGAACCUUAAAGUGUGGAGUCAUAGCAAAUUUGGAAAUCUAAGCAUCAAGAUUGCUGCCAUCAAAGAUCAAUUGUUGGAUAUCCAAAAAUGUCUUGAACAGGGCUUUAAUCCAGACUCCAACCUUUUCUCUCAAUGUGUUGGUUCGGUUAAGUAUUAUAUCAAUGCCAAUGGAGGUCAGGUAUGUGUGGUUUCUCCAGGAAGAGGCCUCCGUCAAGGAAACCCGUUAUCACCAUAUUUGUUUCUGUUGGUGGCUGAUGUCUUUUCCAACCUUCUAAAUAAAGUUGUUGAAAAGAAAUCAUUGGGAGGGAUCCGUAUGAAGAAGAGGUGUCAUGUGGUUUCACAUCUCUUUUUCGCAAAUGAUUCUCUCAUCUUUCUUGAAGCAGACCUUAAUUUCUGCUCCAACUUCAUGGAUAUUAUGGGGUGUUUUGGUGAAGCUUCUAGUUUAUCCCUUAAUGCAAACAAGUCAAGUGUGGUUUUCUCCCAUAACACCAAGAUUGAAGUAAAAGAAGAAAUCAAGAGAAUUUUGGGCAUGGAAAAGAUGAAAGGGACUAAGAAAUAUCUGGGGCUACCUUCCUUUUGGGGCAAAUCUAAGAAGGAAUCUUUGAGCUAUCUCCGGGACAAGAUUGUGAGAAAGACUCAAGGUUGGGGUAAUAAGGACCUAAAUCAUGCUGGCAAGGAGGUCCUAAUCAAAUCUAUUCUUCAACCAAUCCCCAUGUUCAUAUUUAUGUGUAUCAAGGGCCUGUUGGAAGCAGUAAGAGGUUCCUCUCCAUCAUGGAUUUGGUGUAGCCAACUCGAAGGGAAGAAGUUAAUCCAGGAAGGGAUCCAGUGGAAUAUGGGCAGCGGGGAAUUGAUUCGCUUUUGGGAUGAUGCUUGGAUCCCUGAUCUUUUGGGGGCUAAAGUCUCUCAAGGUUCUGCAAUUCGUGGAGACUAUCUUAAAGUGGUGGACUUCAUUGAUAAGCCAUCCAAUUCUUGGAAUAUUGAGAAACUCAGGAACUGCAUCUCAGAGGUAGAGGUUCAAGUCAUCUGCAAGAUCCCUGUUAGUAUUUCCAAGGCCAUGGAUAAGUUGAUUUGGCGCCACACAAACUUAGGCAACUACUCGGUCAAGUCUGGAUAUCAUCAAUGGGUAAAGAAAGCUUCUAAAGUCAAUGCUAAUUCUCCUUCCUCUUCCUUCACUCCCUUUUCAGAUAUGUGGUCUUUAUUUUGGAGAGUUUCCUCGGCCCCUAAAGUCCUUAUGUUUAUGUGGAAGGCACGGAACAACUUCGUAUUCAGAGGUAAAACGCCAAAUCCAGAAGAGGUAAUUGAGCAAGCUAGUAAGGGCAAUUCCGAUUACCUCAGUGCAAUUUUUUCCAGUCGUUCUAAGGCCCCUACAAAGGUUGCUCAGGUGGAAAAGUGGUUGGCUCCACCUCCUUCCACCUUCAAAAUUAAUUGUGAUGGAGCAUACAAAUCCUCUAGCAGUCUAGCUGCAUUUGGCAUCAUUGCCAGAGACCAUGGUGGAUUAGCUCAAGUUUGGCGAUGUGGUCGAGUUAAGGUUUCGCCUGUGCUUGCUAUUGAGACAUGGACUUUGAGAAUUGCCUGCAGUCUGCUUAUGGAGUACAAUUACCCUUCUGUUAUCUUUAAAUUGGACUGCAAAAAUCUCAUUGACAGCAUUUCGGAGUUGAGCUCUACUACGUUCUAA